CUGCCCCGGUUUCCGCCCCCCGUAAAACCUCCCCACCACCCUCGCCUCUCGCUGGAAUCUUCGCGCUUAUAUAAACCGCCCGCACUCCCCCUCCACUCUCUCACUCCCACGCCCCACACCGGAGGAGGAGAAGCGGACGAGGAGGAGGAGGAAGAGACGACGAUGAUGGAUCUCGCGGACAGCCAGCAGAGGCUCAUCGCCGGCGCGGCGCUGGUGGUGGCGACCGCCGUCUUCAUCCGGCUGCUGCUGCGGUCCUUCGGCGGCGGCGGCAAGCGCGUGCCGCCGACCAUCCCGGCGGCGCCGUUCGUCGGCGGCCUGCUCCGGUUCAUGCGCGGGCCCAUCCCGAUGAUCCGGCAGGAGUACGCCCGCCUCGGCAGCGUCUUCACCGUCCCCAUCAUCAACCGCAAGAUCACCUUCCUCAUCGGCCCCGAGGUGUCGGCGCAGUUCUUCAAGGGGAACGAGUCGGAGAUGAGCCAGCAGGAGGUCUACAAGUUCAACGUCCCCACCUUCGGCCCCGGCGUCGUCUUCGACGUCGACUACUCCGUCCGGCAGGAGCAGUUCAGGUUCUUCACCGAGGCGCUCCGUGCAAACAAGCUCCGCAGCUAUGUCGAUCAGAUGGUUGCCGAGGCUGAGGAGUACUUCUCUAAGUGGGGAGAAAGUGGAACUGUGGAUUUGAAGUAUGAGCUGGAGCAUCUUAUCAUACUGACUGCUAGUCGGUGCUUGCUCGGGAGGGAGGUGCGAGAAAAGCUCUUUGAUGAUGUCUCGGCUCUCUUCCAUGAUCUGGACAAUGGGAUGCAGCCAGUCAGUGUCAUCUUCCCCUACCUUCCAAUUCCUGCACACCGCCGCCGUGACCGGGCACGGCAGCGGUUGAAGGACAUCUUCGCCACCAUCAUCAAGUCCCGCAAGGCCUCUGGACAUACUGAGGAAGACAUGCUGCAAUGCUUCAUUGAUUCGAAGUACAAGAAUGGCCGCUCAACAACAGAAGGUGAAAUAACUGGGCUACUUAUUGCAGCUCUAUUUGCUGGACAGCACACUAGCUCAAUCACCUCAACCUGGACUGGAGCAUAUAUGCUUCGGUUCAAGCAGUACUUCGCGGCGGCUGUAGAGGAGCAGAAGGAGGUCAUGAAGAGGCACGGAGACAAGAUUGACCAUGACAUCUUGGCUGAGAUGGAUGUCCUCUACAGGUGCAUCAAGGAGGCGCUCCGGCUUCACCCGCCUCUAAUCAUGUUGCUUCGCCAGUCACACUUUGACUUCUCCGUGACAACAAGGGAGGGCAAAGAGUUUGACAUCCCAAAGGGCCACAUCGUCGCAACAUCUCCGGCCUUUGCCAACAGGCUUCCUCACAUCUACAAGAACCCCGACUCAUAUGACCCUGACCGCUUCGCACUAGGCAGGGAAGAGGACAAGGCUGCAGGCGCCUUCUCAUACAUCUCCUUUGGUGGCGGCAGGCACGGUUGCCUCGGUGAGCCCUUCGCCUACCUACAGAUCAAGGCGAUAUGGACUCACCUUCUUAGGAACUUCGAGUUCGAGCUGGUCUCCCCGUUCCCGGAGACCAACUGGAACGCCAUGGUCGUGGGCAUCAAGAAUGAGGUGAUGGUCAACUUCAAGCGGAGGAAGCUCGUCGUCGACAACUAGGCGCCACCUUCAAUCUUAGGAUUCCGUAAUCCUUCUCGCGUUUUUCGUUUUUUUUUCCUUCUCCAUUUCUGUCAGUACUUGAUCAGUGUAAGUUUCUGCUAUCUGUCUGCUCCAGCUUGUAGUAGGGUGUUUUCAGUCGUUUAGCAUCCUGUGGUUUGCUUCCUGCCAUGAAAAUCAAGCUUGAUCUGCAACCAUUGUGCGUCUGGGCUUCUUGGCAAAGAUUUGUGUUAUUAGACUUGUACCAUCCUGGCUUGUACCUCUGCUACUGAAUCUUUGCCUUCGUCCGUUCAGUCGGAUUUUGGACAUAAGGUUUGAAGUCUGAACUAAUAAUACCCUGUAAUGGACAUGACAAUAAGAACUGUGGCAAUUA